CUUUUUUUUAGGUUAAUCAAUACUUGAUAACCGAAACUAAAGAUUUCUAGGGUUUCCUCUUCCGCGUCGUCGUCUCCAAGCUCCUCCUGUAGUUUCUUCUCUGAAUCUACUUAGGAAGCUAAAAUGGGUAGAUGUCCGACUAGAAAAGUGAAGAAGAGGAGAUUAUCUCACAAAACAGCUCGUCGUGACAAAUUCGAAGUCAAAGGUGACGAUUUGGUUUACACAGAGUUGCGUAAACCGGAAACGGAGAUUAAGCCUUUUCAGCUUGAUGAGGAUUUGCCUGGAAUGGGUCAAUUCUACUGCUUACACUGCGACCGAUACUUCUCCAAUGCAUCAGUGCGGAAUGAUCAUUUCAAGACUAAGAAACACAAGAAGCGUGUGAAGAUGAUGAAAGGACCAGCGCCACACUCGCAACUCGAUGCAGAUUUAGCCGGUGGAAUGGGAAUGCCGGACAAUGGUCCAAAGCUGAUGUCUGCCUGAGAGUUUUACAGUUUUUGUUCCUUAAUAGUUAAUGGAAUCUGAAUUUUUGUUGUAAGAUGAUGAUCCUUAGUAGCUAAAUGUACUCUCCUAAAUUAAUGAUUCAAGGUUUUUGUCUUUU